UCCCGCGCUGCAGAGGGAGGGGGCGGCCCGGCCCGGCCCAACUCUGCCCCCGGCCGGCCCGACCCCGGCCCCGGCCCCCGGACAAGCCCUUAUCUGAUCCCAGCUCCGGGUUUAAGAGUCUUGGUCCUGCCCGUCGCGCAGCUCCGCUCGUCACUCCUGCCCGCCCCGUCUGUUCGUCCCGCUGCCCGGCGGUCCAUCCGUGCAGCCACUCCACCUGCGAGCCAAGAUGACAUCAGUGGCUAAGGUCUAUUACAGUCAGACGACUCAGACAGAAAGCCGGCCCCUAGUGGCCCCGGGAAUACGUCGGAGGAGGGUCCUGACCAAAGAUGGCCGUAGCAACGUCAGAAUGGAGCAUAUCGCUGACAAGCGUUUCCUCUACCUCAAGGACCUAUGGACCACCUUCAUUGACAUGCAAUGGCGCUACAAGCUCCUGCUCUUUUCUGCAACCUUUGCAGGCACCUGGUUCCUCUUUGGUGUAGUGUGGUAUCUGGUAGCUGUGGCCCACGGGGACCUGUUGGAGCUGGGACCCCCUGCCAACCACACCCCUUGCGUAGUGCAGGUGCACACACUCACUGGAGCCUUCCUCUUCUCCCUCGAAUCCCAGACCACCAUUGGCUAUGGCUUCCGUUAUAUCAGCGAAGAGUGUCCUCUGGCCAUCGUGCUUCUGAUUGCCCAGCUGGUGCUCACCACCAUCCUUGAGAUCUUCAUCACAGGUACCUUCCUGGCAAAGAUUGCCCGGCCCAAGAAGAGGGCUGAGACUAUCCGUUUCAGCCAGCAUGCAGUGGUAGCCUCCCACGACGGGAAGCCUUGCCUUAUGAUCCGAGUUGCCAAUAUGCGGAAGAGUCUCCUCAUCGGAUGCCAGGUGACGGGCAAACUGCUUCAGACCCACCAGACAAAGGAGGGUGAGAAUAUCCGGCUCAACCAGGUCAACGUUACUUUCCAAGUAGACACAGCCUCUGAUAGCCCCUUUCUCAUUCUGCCCUUGACCUUCUACCACGUGGUGGAUGAGACAAGUCCCUUGAAAGAUCUCCCCCUCCGCAGUGGGGAGGGGGACUUUGAGCUGGUGCUGAUCCUCAGUGGGACAGUGGAGUCCACCAGCGCCACCUGUCAAGUUCGCACUUCCUACCUGCCGGAGGAGAUCCUCUGGGGCUACGAAUUCACACCGGCGAUCUCACUUUCAGCCAGUGGCAAAUACAUCGCGGACUUCAGCCUUUUCGACCAGGUUGUGAAAGUGGCUCCCCCUGGUGGUCUCCGCGAUAGCGCUGUGCGCUAUGGAGACCCCGAAAAGCUCAAGUUGGAGGAAUCAUUAAGAGAACAAGCCGAAAAGGAAGGCAGUGCCCUUAGUGUGCGCAUCAGCAAUGUCUGACUUCCUAUUCUCUCCUCCUCAGCCCUUUGGCCUUUUCCUCUUUCAGUGCCCUGGGAAAAGGAGACUAUCUGGGUUCGCUGGAGAACCCCAGAAGCACCCGUCCUCUACUUCCCCUUCCUUAACCCGGCGGUCAGCCAGUAGUCUAGACCGCCCGGAGUCCUGCGCUUCCUUCUCUCUGGCCUUACACCUUCCUUUACUGCUAUGCCAAUGCACACGACUCUUAAGCCAGGAUGGGGGACCGAGCGGGAAGGUUAGGCUGAGUGGCGUGGAAAGCCUCAGCCAUGCUUGGAGGUUCACGAUAGGAGGGCCAUAUGAUCGGAUGGAUAGACUCCCCCAGCCCCCUACUACUAGAAAGUGUGAUGACGUCAGACUGGAUCUCCCCAUCUCUGUUUGCAUCUUAUAAGUCUCCUAAGGCAAAACUCUCUCAGAGAGUUAUUCUAUGGACUAUGCUCUCAGAAACAAAGGAAUCCGAAGAAAUCAGUUUUCCCUGGGCUUGCUACCAAAUCCCGAAGAAAGAAGCCAGGGUUUGUCAUGGUGUAUUUAAUUUCAGCUGGUAACUCCUGACAUAACCUAGACUUUUGGUCACCACCGUAUUUUCCCAUUCCAGUUCUCAAGUGGAUCUUCCGAGGAUCCCCAGUUCUCUCUCAGCCUCUGUUCCCAUAGAAUCUGGGCUGAUCUGAGAAACGUGAAUAGCCAACACCUCUCCUGCACCCAUCCUGGCUUCUGAAAAAUUCAAUUUUGGAACUAUCGUCUGAAACUCUGGCCCUGUCCUGGGAAGAUUUCUUUUACUGUGCCCUGUGAAUAGGAAGACCUUAGCCAAUGAGCGCUCUCUCUCUCUCUCUCUCUCUCUCUCUCUCUCUCUCUCUCUCUCUCUCUCUCUCUCUCAAAUUUUUGAGACAGGGCCUCACUACAUAGCUCUGGCUGUCCUUGAACUCACCCUGUAGACCCAGAUGGUCUUGAACUCACAGAGAUCCACCUGCCUCUGCCCCCAAGCACUGGGAUUAAAGGUGUGAGCCACUAUGCCCUGCCACCAAUGCUCUCUAAGUCCAGUGUUCAGGCCCCAUGGAAAUAUCUAAAACCCCUCCAGAUUACACUGUACCCGGCUCCUCUUCUUCCUUUCCUACCCACCCUAGACCCCUCAUCCCUUAACCGAAGCUUUUGAAGAAAGAGAGGGAAACACAGCCAUUUCCCUUUCUUAACAUUGGCCAAUUAAAACUAGUCCCAAGGCACAGAUUGCCAGGAAAGGUGAACCAGCCUCUCAGAUUUCCAGAUUUGCUGUACAGAGCCUUUGGGAAUUUGUGAUGCUUUGUCAGGGUUUGGACUGAAGCAGAAUUCGGGCUGAGAGCCACUAUUUUGUUACACCUCCCGGUGCCCUUCUGGAAAGCUGCCUGCUGUUUUCUGAGGCGAUGAUGAGGGGGAGGAGCUUACACUCUGAUCUCAGCCGUGCUGACACAAAAUAAUGGAAGUAAGUUAGCAUCAUCUCCCCUCUCUUCUGCCUACAGGCUGGUCUCAGGCAAGUUAAAAAGACAACUUAUGAUCAGACCCAAGCCAUUCCUAGUUCUCUGCUGAGGACCGUGGCGGGGUCAGGGAAGGGCAUGAUAAGCACCAGGCCCUGUUCUAAAAGCCCCAAGCAGUGAGUUCUGGCUCCAGUUAGGUACAGGUAACCCCAGAAGAUGCUAUAGCAGGGAUUCCAGCAGGGAUGACACAUGGUUAAUUUAAGGAGGAGUUGACAAAUGACGACAAGAAGCACAUUUAGGCAGAAUGUAUACACGUCUCUUUGGGCAAGGCCUUGCAGAGAACUCAGAAGCCCUGAGGCUGAACCCAUGUCAGCUGUGCAGUCUGCUCACUUUGGUCUUUCCUUGAACUCGGUUAACUGUAGCUUGAAAAUGAAGAGCCUUCAGCCUCUUCUUCCUGCAAAACCCACCAUUAUCCUUAAACUCGCAUCAAGAAGAGAACCAGAAGAACCUGGCAAAGAGCCAGCUGCUUUCUCAUACACUCAACGCUGCACUUCCCAGUGGCGUUCGGUGUGCAAGGACCAAGUGCACUGCUGUGUGUAUCUUCUUAUCCACUGGCGAUGUUUCCUCUGUCCGGCUUCUCCUGCGCGUUGCUGCUUCCCUCUCUUCCCAGUCUCUUGCCCAAGGCCCACCUCUCCUCCGACGCUUGGCUAACAAUGUGAGAAGAGAACAUUUUCUGUUUUAACCCCUUUGGGAUUUCCUCUACAAUCCCAGGAUUUCCUCUAAGGUGCACUUCAAAAGUGCAUCCUGUUAAUUCCGAAUGGCGCCCUUCUCCCACAAGCCCAACAUUCUGCAUGGAACAACUCCCACUCCCAAUCCCCUGACUUGAAUCCUUUUUCAGGAUGUAGGACAAGCUUUAUAGCAGCCAGUGGGUUCCCUGUCUGUACCAGCUAUAGACUUAGAGUAUCAGGACAGCAGCAGGUGAGGAUUUUAAGUGGGGUGGGCAAGAUAACCAAUGGGGAAGGGUAUCUAGAGUGUGAAAAUGAGAAAGAUGAGGCUAAGGGACCCAGUGAAAUGAAACCCAGAGUCUUACUUAUGACUGACACAGACAAGGUGGGUGGAAACGUGGGAAAUUGGGAUAUGAUAUAUAUGUUUAUCUAUGGAGGAAAACAGAGAUAAUAUAUAGAAAGAUAUGUAUAUAGAUGUACAUAUACCCAUAUAUAUAUGGAAUGUACAGAAAGGAAGUGCUCAGAUUUUAGCAAAGGGACAAAUAUCUUACCUUGGUUUUAUGGAAUAGGAUACCUGGAUUUUCUGUGUUAUGGUCAGCAGAGCGGUGAGAGUAGCUGAUGGUUUUAAGUUUGAUUUAUGGAAAAGGGAGGGAUAGACCCUGUUGUCCCUUUCAUAAAUAGAGGUGCACCCAUCAAGGUUUGAUGAACCUGUGCUGAUAGGACAAGAGAGAAGCUAGGAGGUAAUGGGGCAAGGAAAUGCCCUACCCAUGAAGAUCUAGGAACAUCUAUCACUCAUACUAUGUUCUACCUAUUCCUGGCAACAACCUGCUGCAGAACAACUUCUAAAACAAGCAAGCAAGCAAACAAACAAAACAUCCUGCCAUUUUCUUCUCCUGAAGUACACUCUGCAUUUCCCAUUCUUCCACCAGGGUAGGAGCUCUAGCGCUAGGCCCCAUAACUAAAAACCGAGAAGCAGAAAAUUUGGUAUUUGGGAGGGAGGCUUUAAGUGGAAACCUUACUGUUAGAAUACAAAUGCCAGGACUGAUAAGCUGUUGAGCUCAAGAUACUCCCUAGACAGAGGUCUGAGCCUAUGUACAAGAAUCAUAAAGAGGGUGCUGCAUAUAUCAUAGUUCCUGCCCUGGUGGGGAGGCAGAUGGGCUGCUUUGACUUGGAGGCUCUUCUAUGAAGAAUGCAGUUUUCAUCUUCCCUGGAGGAUGGUACAAUUCUAUGGGAGGAUUCUGAAACCCCUACUUCCUGCUGCUCCCUACUGUCCCCUCCCACUUCCCGAAACCCACUUCAGCUAGUGAAACUAUGCACCGGUUUCCCUGACAUCAGCAGAGAAAGAAAAGCAGUCAUAAUACAGCUACUGGCCAGGAACAUUGAUUGCACCUUCUCCACAACUGCUGCCACGAACCUUUACCUGUUAGCUUGCUUAGUUUCUUUGCAAAAUAACACAUUACCUAUGCUGUACAGUUAACUGGGCUUCCAGGCCCAUUAUUGGCCAACACUACUGAAGCAGAAGUAUCUAGGAAUGAUUUUUUUCUACACUCUGCAUUAAAGACUAAACCAGGUCCCAUGUAUUUAGAAAAAAGAUGUGUGAGAUAUUUUUGGUUUAUUUUUGCCUGUUCAGAAGAGACUACUAAAUAAACUGGAUGAAUCUCUUGUU